AUGUCUUUCUUCAACGUGAACUUGUCUUUAACGAUUGUGGCUUUAUUGUUAUUGAGCACUUCAAUGGCUCAAUCUCCAACCAAAUCUCAGCCACCAAGAAGAGCAAUUUCUCCCUCACCUGCUGCCGUAACUCAAUCACCGGCGUCUUCUCCAUCUUCCGGAAGUUCUCCUCCCGAACCAUCUACUUUUGCUCCGGCGAUCUCUCCUUCCUCCAUCUCUUCUCCGCCAUCUGAAGCACCAGGACCUGCUUCCAACGCUGUCCUUUUGAACAGAGUUUCAGUAGCCGCUGGAUCUGCUCUUAUGAUUUUCGUAGCUGUUUUGAUCUCGUAG